UGGGUGGGGUUGUGUGGCCACAGCACAGCAGGUCUGGGGGCUCUGCCUAAUGGUGUAGGGAGCUCGGCAUGGCAUAUGAGGCUUGGCACAUGCCUGGAUGUGGGGGGCGGAGUAGUGCCUGGGAUUUAACAGCACAGGUGGCUGGCAAGGGGAAGGAGAGUUUGGUGUCCACCUUCUGUGUGCCCUAGCUGUGACAUCCAAGGGAAGGAAAAUGUGUAGGAAAUUAGUUCAGCUUAUGGUUACUUUCAAGAGCAUCAAAAGAAAUAAACCAAGCAAAACCUGUGUAUUUGGGGUGCUGGUGGAUGAGAAGCUUGACGUGAGCCAGUAAUGUACACUUGCAGCCCAGAAAGCCAACUGUAUCCUGGGCUGCAUCAGAAGCGGGACCAGCAGGACAAGGAGGUCAUUCUGCCCCUCUGCUCUUGUGAGAUCUCAGCUGGGAUCCUGUGUCCAGUUCUAGUCACCACAGGGAAGACAUGGAUCUUCCUGUCCAAAGUAGGCUACAGAGUGAUCAGAAGGCUGGAGCACGUCCCAUACGAGGAUAGGUUGAGAGAGUUGGGCUUGUUCACCCUGUGGAAGAAAAGGCUCUGGGGAGACAUUAUAGUAGCCUGCCAAUGCCUAACAAGGCCUACAGGAAAGCUGAGGAGGGGCUUUUUAUGAGGGAGUGCAGGAAUAGGAUGAUGGAGAACGGUUUUAAGGUGAAAGAGGGGAGAUUUAGCUUAGGUAAUUGGAAGAAAUAUUUUCCUAUGAGGGUGGUAAGUCAAUGGAACAGGUUCUCCAGAGAAGUUGUGGAUGCCCUAUCUGUGGUGGUGUUCAGUGCCAGGUUGGAUGAGGCCUUGGGCAAGGUGAUCCUCUAUGAUUCUAUGAAGAUCUGUGUUUUGUGUCUGGUGUCUAAGCUUGACUAUAAACAUAGCAUCUCUGGUGAACCCGUGCAGCAUGCACCUGAAGGCUGGAGAGCUCUGUCGGUGAGGGAUGAGUGGAAAGCUGUGGUGGCUUUAUCUGCAGAAGACGUACAAGCUCCACUGGACUGUCUACAAAAGAAAAUUUAAGAACAAGGUAUUUGCCAAAGUGUCAAAAAAGUAAAACUGAUCUAAAGGUGCCCAUGGCAGUUGCUUCUGUUUCCAUGGAUCCUGUUAGAAGUACAGGAGAUCUAAAGGGGCAGCAGGUCACUAAUGAAGGAGGAGUGAAGAGUGCUUCUUUAAAAGAUUUGUGUCCUGAGGACAAGAGACGCAUUGCAAACUUAAUUAAAGAACUUGCCAGGGUAAGUGAAGAAAAGGAGGUGACAGAAGAACGGCUGAAAGCUGAACAGGAAUCGUUUGAGAAGAAGAUCAGACAGCUAGAGGAACAGAAUGAACUUAUCAUCAAGGAAAGGGAAGCUCUGCAGCAGCAGUACAGAGAAUGCCAGGAACUUUUGAGCCUUUAUCAGAAGUACCUAGCUGAGCAGCAGGAAAAACUGUCGCUCUCCCUUUCUGAACUCAGUGCUGCCAAGGAAAAGGAGCAGAAGGUGUCCAUUAAGAAGAGCUCAUGCCAACGUCCACCUUUGGAGCUAGAUGGUUCCUACUUGGGUAUUGGGAGGUGUCAUGCUUUCUAUAACAACAGUAGAGCAUCAAAGGCUGGAAGCCCAUCCGAUGUUGCAUUGUCUCAGCCAUGCAGGAAUAAUCACAGUUAUGGGACUGAAAUCCAUUACAACCAUCAUGAGUGUCAGAAGGAACAUCCAGUAGAAAAUGGCUUGCAUGGGAAGUGUAACAAUAUAAUUUCCCCAGCCAAGCAGAGGAGCCCUCGCUGUGUGAAAGCAACUCAGGAGAGGGAUCAGAAAGCAAUUGAAUUUCAGAGCACAUGCCCCCAACAAGUGAGUCACAAUUGUGCCUGCAGGAACGUGGGGAGCUCAGGGAACUUGCAAGGGAGCCACCAUGUCAGCCAGGUACUUGGAAGACACCCUCAGCCAGUUCACAAAACCUGCGAUUCCUCUAGGCGCUCCGGAGUUUCUGGGCUGAAUGACAGCAUGGACUCAGGGCCUAGAGAAACAGAGCAGGCCAAAAGGUUGUAUGAAGAAAGAAGGCAGAAGCUGCUUCUGCAGAAGAUGGAGCUGGAAAUUGAAAAGGAACAACUCCAGCAUUUGUUGGCUAAGCAAGAGGCAAACCUGCUCAUAAAACACCAGCAACUACACCGAUCCCAUAUGGAUUAUAACAGGUUUAGAGGCCAUGUGCCUGGUUCAGAAGAUGUGCCCGUUGAUGAAGCACCUGGAGAACUCACUCUGAUGAUGAACGGCAACAGCAUGGGGCUAAGUAUACCAAUGCUGAAACAUGAAGAUUAUUUUCUGAAGACACCUCCAAUAAGCAGAAGCUCCAGAAUACCAAGGAACAGUGGUGGUAGCAGUUCAGGGAGGAAAGCAGUUGGUUUUGGUGCAAAUGUGCAAGAUGGAAGAACCCUUCUGAUGCAAACCAAAAGGGAAGAUGCCAGGUCAAGGAAAGGGACAACUUCAGGACCUAGGAAGGAUACAGCCACGUCUCCUGUGCUGAUAGGCAGCAGCAAAAGGCUUGCAUCCACAGCCACAUCGCCAAUCCAGCAUGACACUUCACGGUACGAAGCCAGUAUUCUUGACUUGGUUGAAGCUAUGAGCCCGAUAUCUGCCCCGGGAUACCUCUGCAGAGAAUCUUAUGACAGGAACAAAAUGCAGAUGUCUCAUCGUGUGAGCAGCUGGCCAUCGUAUUGGUACCACACCCCUUGCCACUCCAGAAGCAGGGCAGAUGAGCUAGAAGAGAGCCGGCUUCUCGAGGAGAUUUUCUUCAUUUGACAUGCCUCAUUGGUCUACAGUCCUCCAGUAGAAUUUUUAGGACCUUUAUAUUGCUGAUUUGCUUGUGUUAAAGUAUCAUUUUUAAAUUAUUUGAGUGAUAACUGCUUGUUUUCCCUCUUCUGAAGCAAAGCUAAUCAGCAUUUUGGGUUUAGAAAUCAUGGUGCGAGAAUGUUGUUCAGGUACAGAAAGCAUUGCCUUUUUUUUCUAAACCUUUCAUGUGCCAAGUAAUCACUCUAAAGUAGAAUUUUUUUUUAAUCUACAACAUUUUAUAAUAGAUUGAAGUCACAGUUUUGCCAGCCUCAAAUCGGAAGUACAUUUCAUUAUCGAUUUUUAGCUCUAAAGCAGUUUGCCAGAACUGCCUAACAUUCAGGAACUACCACGUUCAGAGUAGAUUAUUUUCUAAUUAAACAAGUCUGUUUAAAACCUGACAUAUUAUAAAGGUACAAGCACUUUAGUACUUUUUCAGUGAUUUUAUGAUCUACUUUUUCUUUCAACGUUCUGAUAUUUAACACACUGUGUUUUUAGGGGAUAUAUCAUAAAAUUAACUAUACAGUGUGUCAUAACAUUAAUAGAUGAUGUUUCAGGUUGAUGUACUAGGCAUCCAUUUGAAAUAUAUUCCUGUCUAAAGCAGUGCUUUUUAAGAGAGUUUAUGUGAUAGGUAACCUAACCCUGAAAUAGCAGAACACAGUCAGACAUGGUAGUGGUCCAAAACCUAUUUGAUGUUCUUUUCAAGAUGAAAUAUAUAGUAGUAGUAGUGUAAGAACAGUCUUAAGACAUUUUCACUAACUUGCACUAUUUUGAUCCUUUAUCCAGGCUCCAUUGUAAAUAAGACAAAUCAGUAAUUAUUUCCACUAGUGGCUCACAAUGCCCAUUUCCCUGCUGGCUUUAAUUAUUCAUGCUGUAUCUAUUUCAGUUUAUUUAAAUGCACUUCCACCUACUGCAUGUACUUGGUUAUUUAAAGAAAUGUGCCGAAUUGGUAAAAAUGACUGCAGAUUACAGGAUUAGUGGUCAUUUUCUCCAUAAUGCAGUGUUCAUAUUUUAUUGUAACAGUAGCCAUCGGCAUGUGUUCCUGGAAAUAUGAGGCUAAAAUACUCAUUUUGCACAGUAAAAUUUCAGUGAGGGAAAGGUAGAAUUGAGCCAGUAUGGGCAAGUUCUAGGCCAUUUGCUCCUAAACCCCACUUCGUGGGCCAGUACAGCUUUUCUGACAGCCUCUUUAGGCAACCCUGCUUAUCUGAAGGGCAGCGAGUUGUUGUACUGAUGCUUGGGGUAUCGCUGCUGCCUGCCUCCCACGUGCUUGCUCCUAUGCAGUGUCUGGUGCCCUGUGAGGAGCGAGCAAAACUCGGCAACAAAGCCCGUGGUGCGUCUCUAAUGAGAGCAUCAGUACAGAAUAUCUAGCGUGUGCUUCUGGCAGCGCCGUGCUCUUAUGGCAAUGAAACAAAGGAGAAAGAAGGAGAAGAUGAACCUCAGGUUACUCUGAGCUGUUUCAUUCAUGCCCAGUCUUAAUCACAAAUUAGGUGGUAUCUUCCUCUUACAUUCUAACUGAAUUUUAAAUGCAGCUUGGAGGAGUUUAAAGGAGGGAAGCAGCCAUACCGGACCAGAAAAUGACUCCUGUGAAAAGACCCUGCUUGGUCUAUGCUGCUGUCAGUGAAGUAUUAUAGUUCUUUACAGGAUGUCCAUCUACUGUUGAUUGACCCUAUUGUUCUCCCUGGAGGCUGCAAAGGCACAGGUUUCUGCUUAAAGCCCCAAAGAGGUAUUUGGUGCCCUGACUCAGCUAUAACAGAUGGGGAUAUAGAUUUUAUCAUUUUGCCGGCUGAAUAGUCUGCAUCUUUAGGAGGGCAGGGAAAGAAUAGAAAAAUGUACAUGGAGCAGCAGGAAGAUGGUGGAAAACCGUAAAGAAAUGACCAUUACAUAGAUCUUAGGAUUUGGGGUUGAUUUUUGGUGUUUUUUAGGUUUUUGGGGUUUUUUUUUUUGUUAAGGUUUGACAUUUAUAAAGAAACAGUUCUCUGAUUUCAGUCCAAUUGCUUCUCUUUUCCAGUUUGACUGAAACUUUAAUUGCCUUUUCUAAUAAGUGCUAACUGACCUUUUGAAACAGCAAAAAAUACAUGUAUAUCUCUUGAAAGGUGCCUUUGUGUACCCGGUUGAGAACAUUGCGUGGGAGCAUUCUGUUCUUUGGUUCUUUGUGGGUGCCAAUAUUUAACUGCUUUAGGAUUCCUUAUGAUCCAUUUUAUUCAUUAACAAUUCUAAUUCUGCUGAUGACUUUUGACUUGAACCCAUAUUUUGGUAGUUGCUCUUUUUAAAAGGACAUUGUCAGGAUUGUGGGCUCAGCACUUGAGGUGCUGUCCAUCAGUCAGAGCUAUGCAAAAGGCAUACUUUUAGAAAGCCAAGAAUUCUACAAUUAAGGUGGUUGAAAUGUCUGAUGGGUGAAGACCUGCCAGUUUUAACUGUCUGUGAGAUGUGGACAAAGAAACAAAAGCUAUUAAUUUGGUAGACCCUGUGAAAAAUGAUUUUUUUAUAAUGCUGGCUCUUGCUCUAGUUAUCAGGAGUACAUUAGGAAUAGUGUUUAGCAGUCAGUGCAAGCAAAGAUAUUUUGCCAUGAGGCACUACAAAGUUGAAGUUAUUAAAACAUUUAUAGCUUUAGAAAAAAAAAUCAAUGAUUGUCAAAUAGGAAAGGACAAAAUCAGUAGUUGGGACUGGGAGGGGAAUUGUUUUCCAUCUGCUAAAACAGUAGAGGAAAUGCAAAAAUUAAACUAGCAAAAGCAAUCACUUGACAGUGUCCUUUUAAGUUUAAGCUCCUAUAUUAGGAAGCUGCCGCUGGGGAGUCAGUCCAGCCAUAGAUUGUUUGUCCAGAGUGUUUGCAGUUAAUAUGCUUCAGCUAAACACUGGGCUGUGUUUUACAUGAGGCUUUGUGAAGCAACAUGACUUCCGCCUUUCCAGUUCUGGCCUCUUCAGUCUCACUGUUGAACCCCAUCUUAAGCAUAUGUUUAUGUAUGUAUGUGAGGUCAUAAUCCAAUAAAUUAUCUGAGGAUUUCUUUUCAUCUUCCAAACUACUGUUUAUUUGAUUUCUGUCCUGUUGGGGUUUUUUUUGAUCCAGCUCAGGUGUCAAUUCUGCCGUUGACAGUAUGUUCCGGUUUACACAUCAUCACGUCAUAUAUAUUGUGAAUCUCCAGUUUGCUAAGAUAGAUGGGGAACUGUUUGUAGCUUUCCAUGAUUCUCUUCCUCUCUUGGACAUGGGUUUUGCUGUCAGAAGGGCAGGGGAGGGACUCCCCAUUCCUAUUCCAGAUCUUGUUCCUGCAUUUGGGGAGCUACUCUCCAAGGAUACCUAAUAAAUCAGAGAAAGACAGAUGUGGCCUAACUUUAGCUGUUCCCAUUUUAAGUAGCUAGACAGGAAGGCCAGAGCACAGGGGUUGAUAAGGUAGAUCCUGAGUAUAACCCAGGCAUGGACUGAAUUUAAUUGCUUGGAAGGAAUGGUGGUGUGGGCUUGGAUGACAGAAGAAUGUGAUACUACAUAUAGCAAGAAUCUGAAUACGGGAGAAACUUUGCAGUGAUCCAAUGAGCUACGGAGGUUUGAAGUUAAGGAGGUAGGGGAAAGAGCUUAGCUAUGCUUGAGAGAGUUUGAGCUCCAGACAUCCAAAAGAUAUCCCUUGAAAGCGUACGUGAGCCUGGGGUUAAACUCUAAAAGAUGCAGCACAGAUUUUCUUAAAUACAGCCUUCAAGCAGUGUUUAAAUUUGUACCACCUGAGGGGGAAAGAGCACAGCCUGGUUAGUUAGAAACCUCCCUUUUCACACACUAAAUUUAUGAAAUUGUGUGCUAAUUAGUGUAUGAUUUAUAAAUUUACAUAACUGCAUGCUAUAUAAGACAACACAGAAUAUUGAAUAAGGUGAUUUAAACCAGCAGAAACAGAGAAGUGUGCUAUGACUGGAUGGCUCUCCUGGAAGAUGCCUUUCCCUGUCCAUAGCUGCUCUGUGCACCUCUUGAAGGCUUAUCUGCUCACAGUGACAAUAAAUGUUUUACAAUAUUGUGGCUCCCUGUAGCUGUGAGAGAACAGGCUACAUUGAGUGUUACAGACAUGGUUGUAGCAGAGCUUUCAAUGUGAUCCUUGGGAAGGGUGUUUGAAAGCAGAAGUCAGCUAAAAUAGAUCAAGAAACUUGGUUUAAUCAGUGUUGGUGCUUGAUGGCCACAGUUGUUCACAGGGGAUGCUACUGCAUCUCACCUUCAGCAGGAGGAUGGGGAGGUGGGGGAACUGGAUUUGAUUCAGUGGCUUCAGGGGAAGCCACUUUGCCUUCCUCGGCAGCAUUCUUUGGGUUCUGCUGAUGAGGUGUGCUCACUGCCACAUCUUGGACGAUCUGUGACUUACAUUAUCUCCUACGGCAGAAGGCACUGGACACACCCACCAACAAUUUGUCUGUGAACAGUAAGCUAUUAGGACGAAAGUGUAUUGGCCAGUCGUUCCCAUCAGAAGCUGAAGCUCUCAGAUUUCAUGUACUUUGAGACUUAAAGGGUUGAUUUCAGUAAUUGAGAAACUAGACUGGAGAACUCAGGUGUUGCUGAUAAGUGAGGCUCUGGCUUACAUGAGGUUAGAGAUACCCAGAGGGCCCCAGCAAACAAACCAAUCGGUAAGCUGCAAUGACAGCUGUAAAUUCCUAGUUUCCUUAAUUCAGGAGUCAUUCUGUAUGUGAAAACCAACCACUUUAUUCAGUCAUAACAUUCAAUAACCAGUCUUGUAGUGUAAGUUCAUUCUUUCUGGUCUUCUGUCUGCAGGCAAGAGGGAAGUGAAAACUGGAAAAAGUUAUCUUUCCUGGUUGCUUACUAGAUACUACUUUAAAACCUUGAACUGUGGAGUUGAUUAAAGCCCUUGUCCAAACACUAAACGAUGAGUGUUGUGUGCAUUAAGGAAAAUGUGGUAACUCCUCCCCACUGCUAGACCUGGUAAGAAAGGAAAGGACAAGAUGCAUUCAUAGACACGGAAGCUGAUCCUUUCUCAAGCUAGAGAUGACUGCAAGGAAGUUGCAUUAAAAUUCUAAAAGGACCUUGUCAGAAUCUUCCAACUGUUGUCAAACAGUGAGUAGCCCAAACACACGGAUAAACUCCUGGUUUGAUGAGAUGGAAUCCUUCACACCUUGUGUCCCAAUCUCAGCUUUCCAGCCCCUGGAUGCUGUGGGGGCCCUGUUAUUGAGCUUUCUCCAGCAUUUGAGCAUCUUGAAGGGUUUACAGGGGAGGAGGUGGUGGUGCUAUGAACACUGUAGCCUCAUGUGCACAGUAUUUCCCUUUUCAUGCUAGUUCAGAAGCCUUGUUUGUAGGUGUUGGGCUGGGUACUUGGUCUCUUUGCUUUUUAGAUCAUGGGUCUUUCUUGGAAGCAGAAAGUCUGUGAGUAAAAAAUCCCUACAAAAUUUAGAAGAGUUGAGGAAAAAAAUAAUGUGAAGUAGAAAUACCAAGCAGGGAAAAAAACCCAAAACAAUUGCAGGAUUCAAUUUGGGAUGGAGUGUGAAUCUGGGGGUACAGCAUCUGCAAACUCAGCCACCUUGAAAACAGUUUGUGAGACACAUGCUUGAUGGGAUGUGGGAGACCAAGACAGCAGAAACUCUCAGAAGGAGAAGAGCGAACAAAGCAUGAGGUGAUUAUAUCUGAUAGCAACAAAAACAGACAAGGAGGCUUUUGAGGUGGAGGUGAGGAGGCGAUGACAUCUCAAAUUGCAGAGGAAGUGGCUCCUUGUCAGUGGGUCUGGUGCCCCUCUGUUUGCACGGGUGCCUUCAGCACAGGGAUCUCAUUACCAGAGAGUUUACUGGCAGAUUUCAGUAAGGAGUAAUAAAAAUGAUCAGGGACUGCUAGAAUUGACAUAAUGAGGAAACAAGAUGAGAAGUCAGAUAUUUAUAGCUUGGGUGAGAGAGACAAUUAAAAGGUGGGGUGGGAGGUGGACUGGGUGACCUGAAAGCCUUGUCUGUACCUAAUAACUUCUCGUCUGCUGUACAGAGGACUUGAAGUUACCAAGGCUGUCAAUUGGACCCUUAACAGCCCUAACUUCCCAUGCUGAAAAGCUCAGGUGGGUGUACUCCGGCUGUAUUGACACUGUCAGAAUGUCACUGGUACUGCACUUUAUUUAAAAAAAUAGUCAUCAGCCACCUUCUGGAAAAAAAAUGACACAUUGACAGUAAAGGAAAAAGAAUUAGACCUUCACGAAAUAAAAAAGCCAUUGAAGACCCUACUGAGAGUAGGGCUGAUUGGGAAGGGCUCUCAGGUUGCUCAACCAGUGAUACUGAACCCUUCUUGCUGCCUGCACGGUGACCUGUCAAGUGGAAAGGUCGAUGCAGAGCGAGUCUUUUCCCCUCUGAGUCAGGUGCUGGUGGCACCUCGCUGUAUACACAGCUGAGCCAAACCACUGCUCUCCAGCACGCAGAGAUGUGCAGAGGCUGUUGUCCCUGACAGCUGUUGAGCUUAGGAGACACUCCUCGGGGCAAGUUCAGUGCUGGCCAAAACCCUGCCGGUCCCACCGGUGGCUCUGGCCACUCGUGGGCUUUCACUUGCCUUGCUAUGCAGUGGGAUCCAGCCCCAGGAGACGGGCGGGCUCUCCCCUUGACAUGAUCCCACUCCUGUCUCACCUCUGGGGAAUCCUGCACUGCAUUAGGUGUGGGUGUUUGUGCACAUAGUUCUUUUCAUGCAUAUAGGGGGGUUUUUUGUGCUUAUAUUUGCCCUACAGUUUUGUCCAAAUCCACUUAAUAUGGACUUCUAUGCACAUGCAUCUUUCCAUUUUUCCUGACUUGGAGACCCCUGAGAAGAGAGAAGUUGGCCCGUCUGAAUGAUUGCACAGCAACCUUGCAAUGGGGGUUAUUUAAAACCUUGACUGAGACCACAGCUGUCUCGCGUGCUCCCCAGUGCUUCAGAGGAGGCAGCCCUGGGUUUGCUCUGGGCGUGAGAGGCCGCGGCAGAGUUGGAGGCAGCCAGGCUGGAGGCAUCUCGGUUCCUGGGUAUGCAGUCAAAUUAAAACGCCGCUACCGAAAACAGCGUGUUAGAGGCACUUCAGGGAAAUAUCAGUGUGGCGUUUGUUGAGUCUGAUGGUGGAGUAGCCGCUCUGUUUUAAUGAUACCUGUGUGCAAAGGCCACAGCUGCUUUCAUCCAUUUCACAUUAGUCUGACUUUCAUAGAACAGACAUAGCCUAGGGUGGUGGAAGGGAGAGAAAGGUGACCAAAAAAAAAAAAGCCAUCCAUUUUUUACUACUUUUUGCAUCCUUCUGAUUGUGAUACCAAGCUCUGGCUGAGCAAGAGUAAUCUUAUCCAGCAUACUGUUGAUUUAAGCCUCUUGGAUUUAUAUAACUUUGGAAAUGGUAAACUAUAUUAAUUUGCUGUGUUUUCAAGGGAAAGUUAUUU